CUUUUUUCCGUAGCAAGCACACAGUAGUUCACUUUAGCAGAGGACGCGAACCGAAGAAGUUGUAUUUAAUAGUUUAUUUGUCUAGAACCGAAUUCAAAGUUUAUUUCAAAAGUGAAAGACCAAAUUGUAAUCGUAGCAAACAAAAAUUCACUGCUUAAUUUUUCAAAUACUUUACAUAAAAAGUGUGUAAAAGAACAUUCAAUAAAUUCUUACAUCGAAUUAAAAAAAAAAUAAUAAAAUGGCCACACAACAACCACAGCAGCAACAGCAACAGCAGCCACAGCAACAACAACAACAACAACCACAGCAUGACGACGGCAACUAUAAUAAUGGCAAUGCUAAUGGAAACGGCAAUUCCAAUGAAGAAGAGUAUGUCCGCGAGCCGGAACAUAUUCGGAAAUUGUUCAUCGGUGGUUUGGAUUAUCGAACAACUGACGAAUCGUUGAAAGCACAUUUCGAAAAGUUCGGCAAUGUGGUCGAUGUGGUUGUGAUGAAAGAUCCAAAAACGAAACGAUCACGUGGUUUCGGUUUCAUAACCUAUUCGCGUUCAUUCAUGGUUGAUAAAGCACAAGAUGCCCGACCGCACAAGGUUGAUGGUCGCGUUGUUGAACCAAAACGUGCUGUGCCACGUCAAGAUAUAAAUCGUCCAGAAGCUGGUGCCUCGGUGAAAAAAUUAUUUGUUGGCGGUUUAAAAGAUGAACAUAAUGAAGAUGAUUUACGCGAAUAUUUUAGCGAUUUUGGCGCCGUUACCAGUGUUAACAUCGUUAUGGACAAGGAAACCGGCAAAAAACGUGGUUUCGCUUUCAUUGAAUAUGACGACUACGAUCCCGUUGAUAAAGUUGUGUUGCGUAAAUCACAUACAAUUAAAAAUAAGUUAUUGGAUGUCAAAAAAGCAUUGCCAAAGAAUGAAAUGGAUCGCAUGAAUAAUCGAGGUGGUGGCCGUGAUAUGGGAAUGGGCAUGGGCAUGGGUAAUCGUGGAUUCGGUCCCCGUGGCGAUCGCAGUAACAGCAACACAAAUUGGAGUAAUAACAACCGCAAUAAUAACAAUGACAGUUGGAUGCAAAGCAAUGCAUACAACAAUGGUGGCGGAUUCAACAGCAACAGCAACGGAAAUUGGGGUGGUAAUAGUCAACCAACACCAUGGAAUAACAAUUCAGGCAGUAAUCAAGGUGGUCAUCAAGGCUGGAAUCAAAGUGGUCCAAAUAAUUACACUCCGAAUCCAUCACACAAUUAUCAAAACAAUCCAGGAAAUCAGAGUAGUAGCGGUAGCAACUGGAGUAAUAACGACAACUUUGGAUGCAACUAUCAGCAGGGCUAUGGUGGCGGUCCAAUGAGGUCAAAUUAUAACAAUCAGCGAAGCAACCCAUACGGAAACAGCAACAACUGCCCACCAAACAACUAUGGAUUCACAGGUAACAAUCAAAACCAAAACGGUGGCUACAAUCAGGGCUAUAACAAUGGACCAAUGGGCGGUGGAAACUUUGGAGGUGGAAAUCGAAGGUACUAAAAAGGAUGAAUCAUGUAUUUGUUAGUGGAUUUAACUAAGUUGGACGCUCCCGAACGCAGUAUCGCAGCGGGUAAGUAUUUAUUUUUUUGGGGGUUUUGAUGUGCGACUGACGAUUACGGGAACACAGUGUGACACUAAAUGCCACUACAUGCGACUGUUUUGCAAUGUGUGAAUCUCUAUGGCAGCAUUUUUUUGGUUGUUACAAUACAUGAUCGUUUUGAUUUUGAAUUUGAUUCGGCCGAAUUGAGUUUUAAUGAUGACAAUCAUAUAUGGGUGACAAGUGAGAGUCUGAAAAGUGAUUUGCAUAUGGAUGUUGACAUUGCUUCACACGUGCUCGAUCAGGUGAGUAUAUCAACGCAUUGAAACAAAUUGGUCCGAAUGCACACAAGUGUGUGCAACAGUUUUUCAACACGUCAAAACCGCAUUACGAACGGCUUCGACACUGAGCAAAAACUGUGAGAAAAAUGAUUUCCAACUUACCCCACUUUGGAACGAUUCAAUGUUCAAAGUGAUCAUUAAUGGUAAUAACACUCUGAAAUCAAAUUGGUAAUUUAAAAAAAAAACUAUCCAUUAAAAGAAGAAGAAAAAAAA